AUGGAUAAGGCUGGAUUCUGCGGGAAAUAUCACCUGGAACGCUUCGACGAUACACCGUGCUCAGCGAAGGUGGCUCUCGCCCUGCGGGCGGAGAGUGAGGGCAUUGAGGUCGUCGCCAAGGUUGCGAACACCCUACAAGGUCAGAUGAAGUUCGAUGCUGGCAAGCUGAGUGGACUCCUUGUGUCGACUAUGAUGAUGGGGAGCGAGGAAGAGAUGAAGCUUGAGGCUGCUCUGACGACUGGAUUCGAGGGUGGCUUUAACGUGACCUGGGCUGCCGACACGCUGACGCUUGCGGGAGAGCAAAACACCUUCGUAUUCGAGCGCGAUUUGUCUCUGGAGAGGCUGAUCGGCGAGUACACCCUACACACGUUCAAUGGGGAAUCUGUUUCCAUGGACAAUGCGGGGCUUGUUGUUGCUGAGGGCAGCGAAGGGUGCGUGACUGUGGUUGCCCAGUUCACGAAUUCUCUCCGAGGCGAGCUGAAGCUGGAGGACGGCGUGCUACAGGGCGCUGUCGCAUCGACGGCUGAGGAGGCUGAGGGCGUGACGACGAUGGAGGAGAGGUUUGAGGCGGGGAUGGGACGUGGUGUGAAGGUGACCGUGGAAGGGAAGUGCCUUACCUUGAAGGAUGACGACAGCACUUUUGUGUACCUGCGUCUGCUGCUGCCGAGCGAUCUGGCCGGUGAGUAUGUGCUUCAGAGCCUCAACGGCGCGACUGUGGAGGGGGAUGAGCAGAUAACGCUCGCCCUCUGCCAGGACGAAAAUAAGGGCGAGGUGAGUGUUUUUGCGAAGGUGUCGAACACCCUGCGCGGGAAGGCGGAGCUUGUGAAGGACGUGCUGCGCGGCCCCCUGAUUUCAACGCGGAUGAUGGGGAGCGAAGCGGAGAUGCUUGUGGAGGCCGCGCUGUCCAGUGGCUUUGAUGCUGGGUUCCUCUGCAGCGCCGAGGCGGGGCAGCUGACGCUGCGGUGCGGCGACAACACCCUCGUGUACACGAAGGUUCCUGUUGUGCCGUACGAGAACGGCAAGCCGACGUACUUGGGAGAGAGCGUGUCACCGUGCUUCAAGGGUCACGGCAACGGCCUGUUGUUCCGCAUCAUCAACACGGCGGAGGGGAAGUGGGCGUUCUACAACGACACGCAAAAGUACAGGAUGCGCGUCGUUGUGACAUUCGGCUCCCGCUCGAAGCUGGAGGGCCUCGGAAGCACCGGUGUGACCGUAAACGAGGACGGCCGGCACGUGGCUGAUGUGACUGUGGAGCCGGGCAUGACGGAGAUGUUCGUUGCGGGGCACGUGAACGGGUACUCAUGCUCCUACGACGCGCUGCCCCUCUAG